AUGAAAAUAAUAUUUAAAAUAUUAAUUAUAAUUUCAAUUUUGAUUGAAAUAAUUAGUGGUAAUUUUAUAGAUUGUGGUGGAAAUAAUCAUUUUCAAAUUGGAAAUGUCACUGUUUUAACAAAGGAAAUAGAGAAUAAAGAAUAUUUAAUAUUAUUUACGAUUAAUGGAAUUUUAAAAGAAACUAUAUAUGAUGGUAAUAUAUUUACAAUUAUUACAAAUGGACCUGUAACUUUAAUAAAAGAAAAAAAAUCAUUUUGUAAAAGUGAUCAUGUAUUUAGUUGUCCAUCUGGAUCUGGAGAAAUUAAUUAUACUUUUAAUUUAACAAUGCCAAUAACAACAACAACAACCCUAAAACAUCAAACAUUGUAUAGCACAGUUUGGUUUACUGAUCAAGUACCAAACCAAAUUGCUUGUUUUAAUAUUAACUUUUCAUUAUAA